AUAAAAUAAAUGAUAUUUAUUAUUUCAUGAAAGAAAUUUGGAAGGUGGUUAUAUAUCUGUGUAUUAUAAAUAAGAAGUCUGGUUCCUGUCAGCAAACGCUUGAAUAAGCAUGUAACGCAAAAUAACUUCCUUUGAUGAGCAUUAGUGGUUAAGUCAAUAUAAUAAUAAAGUACAAUCUCUUCAUCGCAUUCAUUUGUUCUGACGAUAGCAAUAUUUCACGGGGCUGAUGAUAAAGAAUAAAGGACCUUUGACUGUAGCUGCUCUUAUUUCUUUUACAUUAUUCAAAGGCAUUCAUGUAAGCAAUUAUUCGGGGCUUCCUCUAGAGUGCAAAGUGAAUGGUGACUUCUGGAUCAGCCUUUUUUCGCACACAACGACACCCAACUCAAAAUCGAACAAGGUGUAUCUCCAAACUUUUUGUUGUCUUUAUUUGAUUUUGAUUGGCCUAAUUUUGAUUUUCAGCUUGUCUCAUUUUAGAUUAACUGUACUUUAAUGCAUCAUGGUGUAUUUUCCGAGAAUUUUCUUUUUUCUCUUGUAAAACAACAUACAAUGGGAAACGCAUUAUCAAAGACACAAUUCAUCAAACUUGACGCAAAUGACAUUAAUGAAACGGUACUGGAGGAAUACGCAGAAUUAAGCUCCAUGCUAAGAAACUCGAGUAUUGAGUUCGUUUCAGAUGAGUAUUAUGGGAAAGCAGAGAAUCUGUUAAAACAAGAAAGCGUAGAUAUAAACCAUUGCCUUUAUCAAGAGGGUACCAAGGAUGGGUGGCAAGUACAAAGACACUUGAGCACUGCAUACGUGAUCAUUAAAUUGGGAUGUACUGGAACAAUAUCAGGGUUUGAUAUUGACACGACUGGAUUUACGGAUGCAGCGCCUACAAAUGUUCUUGUCGAAGGAUAUGUUGAAAGUAAAAAUCACGGUGAAAAGUGGAUCACUUUACUUCCCAAUGUACCUAUUGAUAUGAAUGCGCAUAACUUCUUCAAGAUACAACAUGAUCAGCACAUCUAUUCUCGUAUCAAGCUGACUACUGCUCCUGGUGGUGGCAUUGCCCGCUUCCGUUGUUAUGGACACGUCGUUCCUAUUUGGACUAACUUAAAGCAAGAAUACAAUCUAGCUUCAGCCAAUUUAGGUGCACAGAUUGUGCGUUGGACAGACGCCGAUCAUGCUAAUAAACCCAAUAUUCUGCUGGACAAUGGCUUGUCACCACUUGAUGGCUGGUUAACCCCACGAUCUCGUUAUGAACCAAGAAAUGAUUUUGUAGUCAUUCAAUUAGCUACAUUGGGAGUUAUCAAGGACAUUAUUAUAGAUACAACAUCGUUCAUAGGAAACAUUCCUAAAUAUAUUUCGAUUGAAGGAUGCAAUAGUAAUGAAAUUGACCCAUAUAGGGAUCCAAAUACAGAAUGGUUUAAACUAGUAGACAAGGAACCAUGUGCGCCAAAUAGUAGUGUUGCUUAUGUAGUUGAUUAUGGCUUACCAGUAUCUCAUAUCAAGCUUACGUUACACCCUGAUGGUGGAAUACAACAGAUUCAAGUGUUAGGCGUGCCUUAUACCGGAGAGCAGCAAGAAGAUAUCUUGACUGUAGAUCAAAAUGAAGCAAUGAUUGAAAAUGAAGAAAUAGCUGAAAAAGAAGAAAGACAAUUGGAUAAUCAAAUUACAAAAGAACUUGGCAAUCUAUUGUUCCCUACGCCGCCUUUAGAACAAACUGUGAUCACGACAACAACCAAGAUUACUCAAAAGAGAAGAAAAUCAAUUGAAUUAGUGCAAGAAGAACCACCAGCCAAAUUGACUAAACCAUCUCAAGAACCAGAAUCAGAGAAAACAAGUCGUAAUGGUACAAGACGUAACAGAUCAUCAAGACUGCGUUAAUUACAUCAUUUAAAUAAUAAACAAUGUUCACAUUAAACUGUGUGAUAGAGUCACAAGUAUUUUUUGAAAUUUUUGAUCCAACAAUGAUACAAUUU